AUUAACAUCCCCACAAAUAACCUCAUAAGAAGAAUCCCUAGACUUUCUCAGUCUGCAUGGCAUGAUUGAUUCUAGUAAGAAGAAAAAUCAUUUAUAUUCGAAUUCGACCGACCUUGUUUCGCUUAUCGACCAUGAUGUAUCUUACACGGCACCCUCAUUUUAACAUACUCAUUAGCGAGCUACGUUAUACAAAAUGAUUUUAUUUUUCAUAAUUACGUACGUAAAACACAUUUUGAUUAAUCCUUACGCCAAUGCUACGUCAGAGACAUUAUAUGUUCGAAUGAUUGUUACAUGUUUGAAUAAUUAUAUCUUGUAUUUUUCCACUCAAAAAUAAAACAAGGUAUUGUCGAAUCGUUUAAUUAUGUAUUUAAAAAAUUCGUUUCACGGUGUCUGGAAAAUUGUACGUUGAACAGAUAUCCUGUUUUAUUUAAUGACGCUAAGAGUUGUAUCCUUUUUAGCCUUUAAGGAUAAUAAGAUACAGAGAGUGGCGAUGUGUUAUCGGAACGGUUGAAAAUCGAUGAAGAAUAAUAAAAAAGUUCUUAAACUAAAAUUAUUCUCGAUGGUUAUUGUAGCCGAGGUCUAUGUGUAUAUCAUUCUAUAUUUAAACUGCUCUAACCUCACAUUUUCUUUAUGUCGAUGCACUCUGAUUAAUGUAUGUCGUAAUAGGUAUGUCUUAAGGAAAAAAGCCAGUUUGAACGAUAGCAAGAUAUUCGCUAUAAAAGCACGAAUUUAUUAAUAGACAGUCUAAAAUUAUGCUGGUUCACGUCUUCGUGGAUUCGUAAAUUUCAUGUACGUAUCGCGCGCCUCAGGCCAAUACGCACGUACCUAGGAAGUACUUAACCUUAAAAAUAAGGAAGCACUGUAAUGUCUUUCCUUAGGAAAUUAACCUUUCUUUAAUUGUAUCACGAAUAUAACAUCUUUUCAAGCUAUUGGCACAGUAACAUGAACCCUGAAUAUGAUACCACUUCCACGCUGUAAUGUGGACGUCGAAGAAUUUUGUAGUAGUUAAAAUAAUUAAAUUUUUGAUAAUUUCGAAUUUACUAUUAUACGCAAAGAAACAUGAAAAUAUCGCAGGAAAUAUGUUCUCGGUAUUUAAUCGUUGUAGGCUGAAAUUUAUGAGUUUUCUGUAAGGUCGAUCAAUUUGAAAAGAGGUUACGAUUAUGAUCAAAGUUGGCGCUGCUUUUGAAUAAAGAAAAAUGGAUUCCUUAAUGUUGAAUUUUUUGUCGCGAUGGGAUCGGAAUAUAUUUAGUAGGGCAGAAAUGCGAUCGACCCGUGAACCGGGACACGUAGAACGAUGCGUAGUGACCUAAUCAAUUCGUCCUUCGUGUACGCGUACUAACACCGUUGAUAAUUAACUCCCUAGGAAAGACUUGUCCGCUCGUUUAGUCAUCGCGCUUCACUAGUUCGUGCGUCGGGACGCUGAAAGGAGUUUAUUUCGCGAUGCAGUGCUCGUAAGCAAUAAUAGUGAAAAAUGGCGUCUGGGUUACCGAGCGUCCAUCAGAAGAAACUGGGACCGGCGCCGAUAGCAUCCUUCGAAGAUCUCUCCGACGAGGUGGAAAACCGGGAUAACGACUCGCGGAGAGUGUCCACUGUCGUCUACUCUCCUUCACCAUUCGGCACUCCAAUAGGAUUCUCGGAUUUUGAUGCAGGGCGAAGCGGCAAGCCGAAUGCCCGGUAUCGUCGAAGUAUCGACGCCCGGAAGCUCACUGAAGACACCGAGCACGCCGAGGAUCGACAUAAGCCGGGCGAGCAGUUCCUCUCACCAUGAGGACAGCAACAACUCGAGAGAAUCCUCUCCGGAGAGAGAAUUACUUGCUGGCAUUGAACCUCCUCCUGGUAGCAAGCUGAACCUGGGAUACAAGGAGGAUGUGCAGGAUCUACGAUCAUCUACUGAGGAACUGGAUCUUCAUGAUCCUGUUCACGAGCAGGACCUCAGACGAGACUCCAAGAAGAUGGCACGUAAACGGAAAGAAGAUGGGACUCAAUCUGAAUACGGUGGCAUCAAGCAACUGCAGGAUAGGGAACGUAAGGAUAGUAACUGCUCCGAAAUUAUACUGCUGAACAUCAGUGGUAGGACCUCCAGGUUGUCUUCCGUUGGUAGUCAGGGUUCUGGUGUCUCUGGGAAGCUAUCGGUUGUCUCUGCCACUUCUUCUAGGUCGCCGAGUCCGCACAAGUGUCUCCUGGAAACGUCAUUUUGCGGUAGCAAACCGACCUUGGCGGAUAACUUGAUCGAGCCCUCGAAACCAGAAACAGAUGAUCUUGAAAAGAUUCUCCUGCAACGAGAAGCUGAUACCACCAAGGCUCUUAUACCGGAGAGUAUAAAAGUACCGAUAAUCGAGGGUAACCUGAAGCCUGAUCCAUUGGAUAAGCCGAGGAGAAGAGGUCGCGAGGAGAGGAAGGAAAUCUUCAAAAGAGAAGUGGAAAUAACGAAGAGAGUUUUAGAGAGGGUCAACAUCGACGUUCCUAUCAUUAAGAAACAAUCGGAGCCGCCGAACAAGAAUGCUCUGGAGGUUCAAAAACCAGCAACCCUUGAUCUGAACGACAAGAGAAAAAAGCCGCAGAACUUUAAGGAAAUCGUGCAAACACCACCAACCUCGAGCGGCGCGACGGGAAGUCCAAAAUUACCUAGACAUCAGAAAGUACGAGAACUAGAGGGUUCCAGGACGCCUAGUCCUUCCUCUGUAUCCAGGAAGAGUAGCUUCGCAUCCUUGUUCAAGGUCAGAACCGAUAGCAGUGCCCUGAGUCCAGAGUCACCAACGCCAAGCAUUAAACCACGUAGAAGUCUAACCUCAAAAAUCAAGGACACCACUGAGAGUCUUAGAAGCAGAUCCAAGUCUAGAGAAAGAGUCUCGAUCGAACGAAGCUCCACCCUGAAGAAGGAUUCGAAGAACAAAGGUGUCUUCUCGUCCACCCUGAGCCUCUUCAAAAAGCGUGAGAGGAAGAAGAGCUGCGACGAUGCUGCUGGUACUCCGAUUGACGGUGAACAUCCUUCUCUGGAAAGCAUCGGAAACGUGGAGUUUACAUUUAAUACAGAGAGGGAUAAGAAGAAGGAUGACUCUAUCUUCAUCAGCCUUCACGCCGACGAUAGAAAUUACGAGGAGGCUCUGCCGUCGGAGAGCGUCUCCAUACCAUUGGAAACUCCGACGAAGCUCUUGGAUGAGUAUGAAUCGGAGCCACGACCUGGAAAAAUCAUUACCGAGGCUUCUAUAGAACACAGAUCCUCGAAUCAAAUCAGGACGGAGGCCAAGAUAGAGAGUACCACGUCGCGAACUACCUCAAAGGAAAAUCAAAUGUCUCAGAGUGCUUCAAAAGAGUCUCAAAUUUCGAAAGGUUCAUCUAAGGAGUCAAAAGUCGAAACACCGAAGACCCAAAUAAGGGAUUCUGAGAUCCCGGACACUGCCGUGUCGAAAUCUGGGUCUAACGAGAGUAAUAGGGUAAUGUCAGAGCUGCAAUUGUCAAAUAGCUCAUUGAAGGACUCGAUAGGUAAGAGACCGGAAGUUGUGAAGCCGAAGCGAAAGAGCAAGGAGGCCCAGAAAACAGAGCCUCCAGAACUAAUAUCUGAUGAUAUAUCGCAAAAGACUGAGAUCAAUGGCAACGAACCUUCUUCCACCCAGAUGAUCAAGGAGGUUAAAAAGUCUGAUGCCUUCGAGGAUUCUUUAAAAGUCACUGAUGGUCUUGUCAAGACGCCUUCUGUAGUGUCCGACCUGGAUCAUAACAGCUCUGAGUCGGAGAGGGAUUCCGAGAUUGAAUUCAUCAGGAACAAGGCAGAAAAAGUAGCUGAGGAACUUCCUGACGAGAGGAAGGGACUCUUCUACGAGGAAAGUUUCGAAGAGGAUCUUCCUUACGUGCCGACGACCUUGCCUCUCGAGAAGAGUGUCGCUCUGCCUAUGCUACCAGUGAAACAACGACUUCAGGAAGUAAGGACCAUUCCAAUCGAGCGACCUCGAUCAACGACGCCGAUAAAUCCGACAUUACUCGACGAGUUCGUCAUGCACACGUCCUUGGAUGAGCGUCGAGUCGAGAAGAUGAAGAUAUCUCUUCCCCGGGAGGACAGUUUCAAACUAAAGAGUCCCAGGAAGCAAGCAGCAAAUACUUUCAGUGAAUUCGCUGGAAAGGUUCCUGACGGCGGCAGAAGAAACGCCGGGAAAUCACCAAGUCCCCCGCCGUUACCACCUCGUGCACCAUCAAGACCAACGAACUGGAUAAACUUUGAGGAGAUUCCAGAGAGGCGUAAGGCCCCAAAGAGGAUCCAAACAAUCCCACGAUCGGAUGACGAUGCUAAGGGUGGCUAUAGCUACGUCCAACCGGAAGAAUGUCGAUGCGAGUGUCACGAGGAGUCCAGAAGGGCGUCUAUGAGAGAGAGGACCACUUGCACAAGUAACGGAGAACGUCCUUGCAACGGAGAAAACUGCACGGUACCCACAAGUUCCGGCGACCGUGCCAGCAUCGUCAGUGACAGCUCGUUGGAGUGUAGUCUGAGUAUCGAGGACCCUGGGACUCAGGCUCUUCUGGGCCCAAUGAAACCAUUCGGGAUGGACUUGGAUCUAAGAUCGAAUCGGUCCAGCAUCAUAUCGCAAGAGGAGACUGACGAGGUGCAUCAGUAAAUCACCGAACAGCAUUCGGCUGAAAUUUCUUCCAAAUCUUCUUGCCUAGCUAUGGAGAUAACUAAGAUGAAGACAUACGUAAUAGAUAUUUGUUCGAUAAAUCUUAUCAAUUUGUUUUUCAGUGACCAUAAAAAGUUCAAAGUCACAGAGACAACGUGAGAAGAUCUAUGAACUAGUUUCUUUUUAUCUCAGUCAUCUUCUUAGCAAAGCCUGAACUUCUUUGCUCAUUUGCACACGUUGACCUUCCUUCGUAACCCGGUAAACAGUCCUAAGUUUUAGCAUGUCCAUUGAAAAUCUAGUCACAGCUAAUAAUGUCGACUUUCUUCACUAUACACGUACGGGAUGGUCCAUAAAAAACUUUUACUCAUUACAGAGACGUCCCCGUGUCUAACUAAAAUGUUAAGCCAUUUAUCUUAAUAUAUUGAUACACAUUUAUUGGCCGUGAUUAAAUUUCCAAAAGACUAAGGACAAUUCCCGUGCGUUUCUUUUAUAUCGAGAGAUAAAUAACAUUGAAAUCAUUUUAUUUAUCUCUCUGAUUCUUUAACGAAAGUAUCGAUCACUCGUUACACAUCCGUUUCCAGUUACGUAUCAACCCCGUGAUUUUUCUUACGGCACGUUGGUGUUAUAAACCUUGCAUUACCUUGUUUUGUAUCUUCUAUACUUAGUAAUGCUAAUGAGAGAUUUAAUUAUUCUGACUUUGCACGUGGCACUGUAAAGUAUACAUAUAUACACACGAAACGAAAUGGUUACGGUGAAAGUAAGAAUUUUACGUAAGACGUUAUUGUCGCCUAAAAAAUUUUUCAAAGGAAAUGAAAAAAGUCAAAUUCAUUCACUUUGCCGUACAGCCAUUCUAUAAUGUGCGUCUGGUACCGAGUGCGAUUACUCAGACGUUAAAAAGCGACCUGCGCAAUCAUAAAGAAUUCACCGAAACGCAUGUUAUAUCGUAAUGUUAUUAAUUGUAAUUAUAUUCUAUUUUCUCCGCUCAAAGGAUUACGUUUUCUUCGUAGUUUUGCUCUUCUACUGAUAGACGUAUUUUCUAUGCGAGAAAACUAUACUGUGUUCAAAACGAAGUACUUAAUAAAUAUCGAGGCAGUAUCUUUAUCAUCUGUUCGCGGUAUACCAAGCGGGUUCAUGAAAAUAAAAAUGGCGAGCCUGUAUAUUGUCGGUUAUCGCUUUGUUUCUCAUUGUGGAAGAAUCUCGUGAAACUUUUUGAGUUUUGGCUCCAAUGCGCCCGGCCAAGCUGGUGAAUUUUUUUUCAUUACUAAAAAGCAAAGCGAACAAGAGAAAAGAACGAGAAUGAAUGGAUAUAGUAACGUAUUGUAAAUGGAGUCAAAUCUUGCACUCGUUUGGUAUACAAGAAUUCUUCGAGUUUCUAAAUGAAUCGCGUACCGGAAUUGAUUGAAACCCAAAGAGCCAUUUUUGUGUCACCUGCUCUAAAUAAUAAUUAAUGAAAACUAUAAUUUAGCUAUGCUACAAAAUAAAAUAAUGCCAAGAAGUAAGGACACGAACGGUAUAACGAUAUAGAUUGAUAUAUCUUCUCAAAAUGGCCGACUUUUUUUUCUGAGAGGCGUUACUAUAGGUGAGAAUUUAGGAAGUCUUACUAUGAGGAAAAGUAUGAGAGUCUAAGGCCCCAAAAUGGAUAUCCCAAGGAAUCCCUGGGUUGCUGUAGCUAGUGUACCAUAGAUAUAAAGAAGGAGAACCUUUUUUUAGAUUUUGAUGUUUAGCUAAUGAAAAUUUUGAAAUAUAUUAAUAAACGUGCCCUGGGCUGCCCGUACGCUUCGUCGAACUUUCCAUUAAUAAGAAUUUAUUUAAAAAAAAAACAAGGAAAGGAUAAACUUGAAAAACUCGUCGACAUAGAAUUUUUUUCGAAAAAUUUUUCAUUCUUCAUAUAACGAGACUUUAUGCGGGGUUACUCAAGAUGCAUGGGUCUUGAAAUAAAAUGGUGCAUCCUAGCAUAUUAAACAGUUACUUCGACGAGUUAUGGCUUUUUCUAUUUUUUCCCUACUCCUUUUUAUGUGAAAUUCUUACAUUUUCACAAUCAACCUCGCUACUCGUGAAAAAUUCGUGAUACGUCAGCGCAAUAAUUGUAACUUAGCGUUCGUGUACAGACUCAUGUCCCUUUCGACCUUUUCCUACAGUCCAAGAAAAAAAAAGAAGGAAUUAAGUAUAUAUUAUUCCUACAAAAUCCUUUUUCUAACCUUUUCCAGGCGAAUAUUAUAAAAGUAACUUGAGAGCCUGGUCUUGUCUAAGAAUUUACCUGACUAUUUCAGGUUAGGUCAAAGGUUUCGAACGUGCAAGUGAAAGCUUACACGUACUGCACGGUAGUCUGGGAAAAGACGCCGAGGAGUAAUAAGUAAAAGCUAAUGAAAUGAGUUUAAAGGUAAAUUUAAAAAAUCGAUCCGAUCGAGACGGCGGCUAUACUUGAACCCUCUAGCAAUAUGUGAAUAUUCGUGAUUAUUUUUAAGACGUAAGAAUUACGAGAACAAGAAAAAAAUAAGCAAGAUAUUUAAAUGUUUCUAAUGUUAUGUACAUAAAAUUAUCGAAAGAAAUACAUUUUCAAAGUGCUAACGUA